CGAAAGCUCGUAUUUACUUAAAUUCCAAAGUUAAAAUGGUGGCUUGUCAAAUUUUCAGCACGUAUGUAGGGCGGGGAGGUAUCUAUUCGAUACGUGCUUGAUUUUCCCGUGUCGAAAAAUCGCCGUCGAGAAAACCCACCGUCGAUUUCGAAUUUCCAACGUUUCCCGUUUUCGAACGGUCGCUUAGAUCGCAGUGUGCUCGUCCAGAUUCGAAUUUGUUUAUUCAAUUAGUGUAAGUGGUAUGAAUGUGCAUCAUGAAGGUAAACAUUAGAGUGCUCCUCCGUUCCGUUCUUUAUUCGCUGCUCGAGGACCGAAGGAAUAUGGCGUGGAAUUGAGGUAAAAUGAAAAUCAAGCAGGCCAAAAUGCGGUCGAUUCCCGUCAAGCAGGACCCGAAACUGCUGAAAAAUCCCAACAAAAACCCGUCUGUCGCGAAAAAGAAGAAACUGUCUAGUCUUAGCCUUAACUCGCCCGUGCGCGAUACGAUUUCCGAAACCAUUUCGUUCGUCAUCAAGGGAAAACUCACGCCGAUCAAUCCUGUAUUGGUCCACAAGAAAAUCGAUUCGAUCGAUAAGAAGAAAGCGGCGAAAGGCCGCAAGAUCGACCAGAAAACCGCGAAAAUCAAGAAGGAGGUUCUCAAGAGAAAAUCAAAAGUUCAAAUUAAAACUGCCAAAAAUACAAGUGCCCAGAAUAUUUGUAAGAAGAAACCCGACAAAGUCGUAGUAAACGUAGUCUCGCCAUCGCCAAAAGGUACUUCCAAAAGCCCCAACGAAUCAAAACUCGCGAAAAACAAGCCCAAAGCGAAAGAAAUCAAACCAAAGAGAAUAGCUAAAAUCGCGACGAAGGACAAAGCGAAAUGCAAAUCCCCGCAGAAAGCGGUUAAAAAGCAAACUAACGUUAAAAAACCCAACAAAGCGUUGAUAGACGAAGAUGAAAUUAAAAAACAACAAACCAUCGAAGCGCUACUGAAAGAAGUUAACGAAGAAAUCAAACCCAGAAAAUCAAAAUUAUCGAAACACAAAAGUGGCAAAUCAAAGAAAAAGAAGGAACAAGACGAAGUCAAAUCAGAGAAACCCCUCGACGCAGUCGAGAACGUCCUAACGAACCAAGAUGUUCCUCCUGUCGUGCAAAAAGCCGUUAAAUCGGAAUUAAUAGAAACGGAAACCGCUCCUAAAGCAGAACUCACGCAACCCGAGCCAGCUGAAGACACCGCAGAAAUAAAAAAAGAACCGUUUUCCAGCGAGGAAAAGGACGAACCCCAGGAACAAGCGGUCAAGAAGAAAUACAGAAAAAUAAAAACCAAAUCCAACGUAACUGUGAUGAAGAAACGCGUACCUUCCAAAGGUAAAAACAAAGAAGACACCGUCUGUAAAACGAAGCUGUUCAAAUUCUGGAACGGUCCGAAGAGACACCGAGUAGCCUCUUUAAACGCCCUAGCUAAAGUCCAUUGCUUGUACGAGAACGAAACCAGAGGCAACAUGUUGGAUAUGAUAGACGAGCUAUCCAAACUCCCUUACUCGGCCAAAAAAGACUCGUUAAAAUCCAAAAUCAAAGACGAAGACGACGAUGAAGACGAUGAAGAAGAGGAAGAAAACAACAGCGAUGAAUCCCCGCCUCCCACCAGAGUAUUAAGAUCAGCUCCCGGUUUACGAGGCGUGGGAAAACACUGGGAAAUGCACGAAACCUCCAGCUCCGACGAAGACGACGUCGCCGCCGUCAAGCACAAACCACCGAAGCCCAAAACCGCCCCAUCCAAACCGAAACAGCCCAAAGAGGAAACCGCCGAGAAGAAGCAGCGCAAGCCCAACGAGCCGGUGAUGGACCUCAAGGACAUGGUGGUCAGCAAGCGCAUGGCCAGCCUCAACGCCAGCGCCAUCCUGGCCGCCAGCUACUCGGCGGAGAAGCGGCCCGACAAGUGCGACAGCGACUCGUCGUCGAGCGCCGGCAACUCCUCGGAGGAGGAGUACUUCGCCCGUCUCGCCAAGGACAUCAAGGAGGAGAUCGACGAGAAGAAGGACGACGACGCCAAGUUGAUCGAGGUGCGCGCGGCGCCCAACAAGAAAGUCGCCGUCAUCCUCAACCAGGACACCGACGUGACCAUAACGGGGGUGUACGUGAACAGCACCACCAGGUCCACGCACCACGAGGGCUACUGCAGCAUCGCCGGCAUGCAGUACAGGAUAUCGGCCACCAGCCAUACGCAAACCGCCGCCACCGCCGUUGCCUCCGAAACCCUUCUGCAAUCUUCCAGCAGCGGACCUGAUAACAGCAACAGCGAUUCGAUGCCGUCUUCGAAGUCCUACACUCCGUUGGACGCUUUGUCGAACAUGCAGCCGCCGCCGGGGCCGGGCAUCCAGCACGGGCACCCGGUGCAGCACAUGGGACCGCCGCAGCACGUGCUGCCGCUGCCGCCGCACCAGCUAUCGCCAGGUCUGCGACACGGUUGCUCCAGCGCCUUCUCGUCGCCGAAUUCGAACCCGGCCUAUCACCAUCCGCCGUUGCCCGGCGAGCCCGGCUUCGUUCACGCAGGAUAUUACCAGCCCGCGGGACCGUUGAUAUCAGUACCGCCGCCGCACGCGCACGGCCAGCCGCCGCCUCCGCCCGUGCCGCCUCUCACCAAGAGCAUUCCACUGUCGGACGCGUCGCCGGCGUCGUCGACGACGCCGUCGUUGGCGCACGAGGUGCCGCCGCCUCCGCCUAGUUCCAACGGCGAUUCCUCCGAUAGCGAGGUGAUAAUCACAUCGGUGACGACAGCGAAAGAUAAUAUUCCAACGCAAGUGCACGCGGCGCCUUCCUAUCGCUACCCGCCUCAGUAUACUAGUUACCAAUACCCUUAUCCUCAUCCUUACAGUUAUCCAGCCGUGCAUCCGCCGCCCAAUCCGCCCUAUUCCCACCACGAUCUUUGCUAUUCGGCAGGCCCGUACGGGCACAAGUGGAAUUUUAGGAGGCAUCUGGCGGGCACCCAGUAUUAUCCGGUACCGAAUCCGCCGGAAAUUUAUUCAGUAUCGCCGGCGGGGCCGUCACAGCAAAGCCAGCAGAUGGUCGCCGCACCUCCGACAUCGGCGAGUGGAUCGUUUACGUCGCCUCCCGGCCCGCCGCCGCCUCCAACCAUCAUGGAAACUUACGCCGGUCAAUUAGAAAGCUAUCAACCGCCGCCGCCUCCGCCGCAUUUUUAUCCAUCGCCUCCUUAUCCCCCGCCUGGUUCGUGUUAUACGCACCAACCAACUAGAACAAUUCCUUAUAUUAAUACAUAUCAAAGUAGUUGCCCUUGUCCAAUGCAGUCCUGUCCAAAAAACGUACUUACUGGGCCUCUUACUGGUGAUAGUAAGAGGUCUAACAUCACUUCCAUUUCCAACGAAUCGAUGCCGCUGGCCUCGAUAGCGCUGGUGCUGCCGUCGGAGCCGGCCAGCGCGACCGGCCCGCCGAGCCCGGCCCGUGGAUCGGCCGGCAUGCCGCCGCCGCCCUCGCCGGCCGGCGCCACCUACCAGCCGCCGCCGGCGCCGACGAAGCGGGAGGCGCGGUCGCCGGUGAGCGAGGCCGAUUGCAAAUUGGAGAAGAAGCGGAAGGCGCGCAUCGGCAAGGCGAUGGUGAGGAACAACAUCGCUGCGAACAUGCAACAGAACACCAUGUUGCUGAUGUGCAACCCGCCGCAGGACUACGUCAAAAGGGAAAUCGAGAGUCCUAAAGAAACUGACUUAGAUCAGAAGAGCGAAGAAGCGAAACCUCUGCAAGCUUCCUGUAAGGAAUCCGAGAUAUCGGACGUGAAUACGCAGUUACCAGUUUCCACGGAACCUAAAGAGGAGAAAACCAUUUGCCAACAACAACCGCUUAAAGAAGAAAUUGAAGAAUCCCUGCCGAUAAUCAGCACGGUAGCGGAAAACGUGAAGGUUAAAAACAUGAAAAGGAAACUCUCCAUCUGCCCGGACAAACCGCCCGAUCUCGAAGUUCCAACGAAGAAACAGAAAACCGGUUCUUACAAGUUCUUGAUCAAGCGCGAAACGAGCACCGUGAGGAUCAACAACGGCAAGCGGAAACUCCUCGGCGACAUGUCUUCCCCCACCGGCGUCAAAAUCAAGCUUCGAAAACCGCUAAGCAGGAGGGCGCUCCGCCUGAAGCGCGAGGCCAGCCACCGGAAAUCGUCGAAUCGCCGGCGAUCGCGCGCCUACAAGGCCAAGCUGAAGAACCCGGCGUCGCGGCGGGCCGGCGCCAAGCCGGGCGAGAUGGCGCCGGCGGCGCUCGACAAGCUCUUCGCCAAGAACAACGUCGAACGGAUCAUCGAGAGUGUUAUCAGUGAUACGGUGAGGACGAAGCAGGCGGCGAGAAGCGCCGCGUGCGCGAAACGUGCGCGGAAGAACGUGCGCGAGAAGGCGACGGCCGACGCCAAGACGGCCGUCGCGGCGCGUCGGAAGUCCAAAUCGUGCGAGGCCGUCGCGACGCCCGUUCCCAAGCCGGUCAAGCCCAAGUGGUCGAACGGGUGGAUGUGGGAAGGGGAACCAUUCGAAGCCAAGGUGUUUUUAAAUAGCGACGAAAUGACGGUAGUGAGGAAAUGUUACCCGGCGAUGAUACACCAAGGCGGCGAUAAGAUCGUUCCGAGGGACUGCGUUCUGCUGAAAGCCGGUCCGAGGAAGAACGAUUUGCCGUUCGUGGCGAAAAUCGCGUCGCUGUGGGAAAACCCCGACGACGGUGAGAUGAUGAUGUCUUUAUUGUGGUAUUAUCGACCGGAGCACACGGAGCAAGGAAGGCUGCCCACUGAUCAGACAGAUGAGGUGUUUGCGUCUCGACACAAAGACUCUAACAGUGUGGCUUGUAUCGACGAUAAAUGCUACGUUCUCACAUUUAACGAGUAUUGCAGAUACCGUAAAACGACUAAACGUAUGGAAGCAGGUAUCGAGGAAGCAUUACCGUGCAUUCCGAAUCCGGAACCGUAUCCGAGAUCUCAUCGGCAACCUCCCAUGACUCAGAUAUCCCCAGAAAUGGUAUUCUUUUGUCGUAGAGUGUAUGAUUUUAGGCAAAAACGGAUAAUGAAAAAUCCGACUUAAGUUUUUUUUUAUUAUUUUUUAAUUUAAUUAUUACUGUUAUUUGUUGAAAAUUUCUAUUUUUAUUGUAUUUAUUAUGUUUUUCGGGUUUUUUGAGAUACUGAUUCGUAUCGAAUGUUGUAUUGAUUGUUCGAAUAAUCAAAAAAAAUAAUUCAAACCAGAAAAGACUACGGAGGUUCUAAAAGAUUAAACAUUUUAUAUCACAAAUCCUUUUGGAGCCGAAGCCCAAAAAGCAUAUUUAGUCAACUAAAUUUGAUACCUACUUAUACAUAUUGUUGGAAAAAAAAGUAAAGGGAACAUUUGUAUAAAUAAAUUAUUAAUAAUGUUGUAUAGAAUAUAGAGAUUAUAUAUUUAACACAAAAAAAUAUUUAUAAAUAGUCAAUAGAUUACGCAGGUAUAAAUGGUGUGUGCUUUCAUAGUAGGCUACUGGGAAUUACCGAAAAAAAAGGGAAAGGUGUGUCUCCGAUCUUUUCAUAAAUAACGACCGGAAAUAAUUUACUAACUUCAUUUAAACAAUCAAAAUAAUUUUCAAUACAACACACUAAAUUUUAGCCAACCGUUAUUUACUUUUGGGUAAUUUAUUAAAAAUGAUUCAGGUCGUUUUAUUAUAGAAAAGCGUUUAUACAUUGUUUUUUCAGUACGCCAUAGUUGUAGUUGUGUUUUCGUCUGUGUCGUCUCUUACAUAUUUUAAUAAUUAUUAUAUUAUUAUUGUAAAAACUAUUUGCUUCCUAGUUAUUGCUCAGGUCUUCUAAAAUUGCAUGUUGUAAAGGAUUUUGGAAUAAUAGAAAUAGAAAGGGAGAGAUGUUUUUAAUGUUUUGUAAAUCUACUGUUUUUAGUUAGAAUUGUUUUAAUCUCAAUAUUGACCUGACUUAUCUUUGUUUAGUUACAAUUUUCUCUUAUAACUUGUUUUUUUCCAAUAAGAACUUUUUACUAGAACAUUCGUUCACAAAAAUAUUGAAUAGUUAAUGUUAGUUGUUUUUUUAUUUUCCUAGUUACUUUAAGUGCAUUUUACAUUUAAAUACGAUUUAAAUGGUAGUUCGAAUUCCACUUUACUAUUGUUAAUAACAUUAAAAAAAUAUUUUUAUCAAUUUGUUAGGUAACUAAGGAGCAAAUAUUAUUUAUCUAAUGUAAUAUUAGGGAACAAUGCUGUGGAGAUCUCCAUACAAUAUCUACAGCGAUUUUUUAAGAAUACUAAAUUGGGUUUAUUACCUGAAAUUUCUCGAAAAUAUGCAAUUUUACAGCAAAUUCGUAAUUUACUUGUAGUCAUAAUCAGUUAACAGGUAAUUAAUUUUAAUUGUCUAUUGUUUAACGGAUCCUCUGCUUUGUUCCCGCGCGUAAAACAAUUUCGAAAUUUUGAAAAAGCAUUUUAGUAGUUGCGACAUUACCUACAAAAGAAAAAAAGAAUGCUAUUAUUUUUACAAAUUCGUAGUACCUAACUAUUUUUAUAUUGUUUUUUUAGUCAUUACUAGUUUUUUUUUGUAACUAUAAGCGAUUGAAAUUUUAUUUUAAUUUAUCGAGUAAUAUAUUCUUUCCGGCUCGCAGAGCUCUAUUCUGUUAAUUUUAAAAUAUAGCCAAAGUUAACGUUAUUAUUUCUAUUUAUUAUGUUUUUGCUUGUACGAAGCACACUAGUUUGGUUGAUUUUUUUUAAUUAGUAAUAGAAAAUUCGUUUCUAAAUAUGUAACUAAAUAUGUUUAUUUUCCCGUAAGAUUAUGCCUUUUAGGUGCCUUUUAUACUUGUCUGAUAUUAAAAUCCUGUCUCUUAUGUCUGUAUACCCUACCAUCAGUUGUCUUAAUUCCCCAUUUUCUCAAAUAAAUGUGUGAAA